AAAUAGCUCCAAAGCAGCAAGGCAGAUACCAAGCAGCGACAAGCUUCUCCAAGCCUGCACAAGCCUUUGCGUCUACCUGCCUGACUAGGCAUCGCUCGCUGCACGCGUGCAGCCCUGCCCCGCUUUGAGGUACAGAGGAACAUGACGCGAUAGCAUAGUCCGUUCCGAGAAGCCGAAUUCGAGGGCCGUAUAAAAGCAAUGCGGUACUUCCGAAGUGUUGCGGUACGUCAACUGAGCAGAGGCAUUCACAAUGAGGUUUAUGACGUUGGUUUGCAGCUUCGCAGCUUUGGGGUCUGCGGGCCCGGCUGCGACUUGGACUCCAUGGCAGGACAAGAGACAGGCUGGUGAUGCACCGGCUUAUGAGGCGCAUAGCAUUGAUCAAUUGAUUGAUCAUUUUCCAGAUAGCGAUCGGUACCUUCCACAUACCAAUGCUACGUUCACGCAACGAUACUUUUUCGAUUCGUCAUACUACAAGCCUGGAGGGCCGGUGUUUCUCUAUAUCGGCGGAGAGACGAGCGGAGAGUCGCGCUUCUCCAAUUUGCAAACUGGAAUCAUCCAGAUACUCAUGGAAAAGUUCAAUGGCCUUGGAGUGAUUCUUGAGAAUCGGUACUAUGGCGAAAGUUACCCUUACAACUCUAGUACGACAGAUGAGCUGCGGUUCCUGACUACAGAGCAGACUAUUGCCGACAACGCCUACUUCAGACAGCAUGCUACCUUCCCAGGCAUCAACGCCAGUCUGAGCAGUGCCGACACCCCAUGGAUCAUGUACGGCGGCUCUCUUGCUGGUGCUCACACUGCAUUCACCAUGAAGACAUACAACGACGUCUUUGCUGGAGGCAUCGGUAGCAGCGCCACUAUCCAAGCUUUGCUCGAAUACCCUCAGUGGUACAAUCCCAUCAUGAAGUUUGGCCCGGCAGACUGCGUUUCUAGGAUCGUCGAUAUCGUUGACAAGAUUGAUGAACUCAUCUGGAGUGGGAAUAAGGAUGGCAUCCAGCAACUCAAGGAAAUUUUUGGUCUCGGUGCGCUGCAAGAUCUAAGAGACUUUGCUAUGACGAUUGCGUUCCCGAUUGGAGGUCCUAUGAAUUAUCCGACGAACACCUGGCAAGAACUCAAUUGGUCCGACCGCUACGGUUCAAAAGACUUCUUUAGCUUCUGCUCCAACGUAACGCAAAUCAACCCGCCGGCAAAUAUCAGCAGCGUUGACAUGGCGCUUUCCAAGUACUCCAACGGCGAAGCUUGGACGGGAUUAGGUGGCUAUGCCGACUACGUAAAGAAGACGCUCAUCCCGAACUGCGAGAGUGGCCGAAUCGACAGCACAGACGAGGGCUGCUUCGGCACACAAAACCAAACAUACUACGCCGACCCCACGAACGGAGCAGCGCGCUCAUACCUCUACUCAACCUGUUCCGAGUCCGGCGCCUACCAAGUCGCCCCCACAAACGGCCCCUCCCUCAUCUCUCGAGUCCUCCAAAUCGACUACACCCAACAAUGGUGUAGCUGGGCCUUCCCAGCCGGUGAGCACAACAGCAUCCCCGCAACUCCGGCAUUGCACUACUACAACAAAUACGGAGGCUGGGAUCUCCAAGCUCCGAACCUCGCUCUCAUCGAUGGCAACACAGAUGUCUGGCUCGAUUUAUGCUACCACUCCAAUUUGGCUGCUCAGCCUAGGAUCAGUAGUGAUAAGUAUCCGAGUUAUCUGAUUGCGGGGGCUGGACACCAUUGGGAUAGCUAUGGGAUUAAGAAUGUUAGUGCUGAGCCGAACUUUAUUAGAGAGGCGCAUUAUUGGGAGGAGAGGACUGUGAGUCGCUUUUUGCAGUUCUGGGCGGAGAAGGAGCAUUAGGUUGGGAUGAGUAGAAUAAAGGUGUUUUGCACGAGAACUGUGUACUGUUUGGAAGGUAUGAAUGUCGAUACCGUGUCCAGGUGC